AUGAUGGCUUCAGAAGUAGGUUCAACAAAUAAUGAACCUGUACAUGUCAAGAUAAGUAAUGAAAAAGCUCCUUUAAUUCAUGGAAGAAGUGUUUUGCAUAGAUUAAGUAAUUUUUUUAAAUUUGGAAGAGUACAGAAUACAGAAGGAGAUGGAUAUGUAGAAUUUGGUAAUUUAAAUGCAGAUAGUGGUCGUACUUUGGGAACAUUUGCUGGUGUAUUUAGUCCUGUUACAUUAUCAAUGUUCAGUGCCUUAAUUUUUAUACGAAUGGGAUAUAUUGUCGGCAAUGCUGGAUUAUUUGUCACUUUGAUACAAUUUAUAAUUGCAUAUGGAAUUUUAGUAUUUACAGUAGCAUCUGUAUGUGCAAUUUCUACAAAUGGUGCAGUUGAGGGAGGAGGUGCUUAUUUUAUGAUUAGUCGUACACUUGGACCAGAAUUUGGUGGAUCUAUUGGUACAUUAUUUUUUAUGGCUAAUAUUGUGUCCAGUGCACUUUGUAUUUCUGGAUGUGCAGAAGGUUUAAUAGAAAAUUUUGGUCCUUCUGGUUAUUUGGCUGGUAAAAGUGCAUUGAUACCAGAUGGUAGAUGGUGGAGAUUUUUAUAUUGUUCCAUAUUAAAUACUGCCAAUUUAAUAGUAUGUUUAAUAGGAGCUGCAAUGUUUGCAAAAACUAGUGUUGCAAUUUUGGCAGUUGUAUGUAUUUGUUUAAUAAGUGUUUUCAUAAGCUUUUUGGCAAAAGGGUAUAUGGAGAUACCAAUACCAGAUGCAAAUAUGUUGGUUCAAAAUGCAACAGAACAUGUUAAUGGUACAUAUACAGGAUUAUUGUCAUCUACUCUUAUAAGUAAUCUUUACUCAAAUUACAGUCGUGAUUAUUCAAGUGAAGGAACAAUGACUGAUUUUGCAAGUGUUUUUGGUGUAUUAUUUAGUGGUGUCACUGGUAUAAUGGCUGGAGCUAAUAUGAGUGGUGAAUUGAAAAACCCAGGCAGAAACAUUCCACGUGGAACUUUGUCAGCAGUAUUAUUUACAUUUAUAUGUUAUAUUCUUCUUUCUCUUCUUACAGCUGCAAGUACAAGUCGAUUUUUAUUACAAAAUGAUUUUAUGUAUAUGAUGCCAAUUAAUAUUUGGCCACCAUUUGUAGCAGUUGGUAUAUUAACAGCUACAUUUAGUGCUGGUUUAAGUAAUUUGAUAGGAUCAAGUAGAGUUUUGGAAGCUCUAGCAAAAGAUAAUGUAUUUGGUUCUGGUUUAAAUUUUAUAAUACAAGGGACAUGGAAAGGAAAUCCAAUUGCUGCAGUUUUAACUUCAUGGAGUUUAGUUCAAAUAAUUUUGUUAAUAGGUUCUUUAAAUACUAUUGCUCAGAUUAAUUCAGUAUUGUUUUUGCUGAGUUAUUUAGCUACUAAUUUAGCUUGUCUUGGUCUUGAACUUGCAAGUGCUCCAAAUUUUAGACCGACAUUUAAUUAUUUUACAUGGCAUACAGCUACAAUUGGCCUUCUUGGUACAUUAAUAAUGAUGUUUGUUAUAAAUAGUAUUUAUGCUUCUAGUAGCAUAAUACUUUGUUUAAUUUUAAUUAUUGUUUUGCAUUUAUUUUCUCCAAGUAAAAAUGCUCCUUGGGGGAGCAUUUCUCAAGCACUUAUAUUUCAUCAAGUUAGGAAGUACUUACUAAUGUUAGAUUCACGUAAAGAUCAUGUAAAAUUUUGGCGACCACAAAUGCUCUUAAUGGUAGCAUCUCCACGUUCAGCAUGCCCACUUAUAGAUUUUGUAAAUGAUUUAAAAAAAGGAGGACUUUAUGUAAUAGGGCAUGUAAAAGUUGGAGAAUUUUUAGGUCAAAAUAUUGAUCCUACUAUAGAAGAGUAUCCACAUUGGUUGAGUUUAGUUGAUCACAUGAAAGUAAAAGCAUUUGUUGAAUUAACAGUUACAAAAACUGUGCGUGAAGGACUACAUCAUUUAAUUAGAAUAUCUGGAAUGGGAGCAAUGAAACCAAAUACAAUUGUUCUUGGUUUUUAUGAUGAACAAAUGCCAAUAGAUUUUUUCAAAAAUUCACAAUAUGCAACCGAUAUGUUUGAAAAUGUUUCAACUUUACCAAACAGUACUGCAUUUCCUUUAAGGCAUACAAAUGCAGAAAAAAAUCUGGAUCCAAUACAAUAUGUAGGAAUGUGCUCAGAUAUUUUAAGAAUGAAAAAAAAUUUGUGCUUAUGUCGAAAUUUUCAUACCUUAAAUAAAUUACAAAUAGCUAAAAACUCAUCUUUAAAAUAUAUUGAUGUAUGGCCUGUGAAUUUUUUUCAACCAACAGAUCAAGAUCCAUUUGAUACAACUUCAUUAUUUAUGUUGCAACUUGCGUGUAUUAUCAACAUGGUACCCAUAUGGAAAAAUUUACAUCUUAGAGUAUUUCAUUGUGAAAUUUCAGACAGCAACUCAAGUUUAAAUAUAUCAGAUUCACAAAAUUCGAUUAGUGAAUUUCCUCGGGUUUCUAAUGAAUUUCGUAUAAGAAAAUUAUUAAAUAUGCUGAGAAUUUCAGCAUCUAUUAAAAAGAUUCCGAAUUGGGGAACGCAAGUACGUGGGCUAAAAGGUCAUUCUCUCAUUGAUUCAGCUGUAGAAAGUCAAUAUGAAUCAAGCAAUGAAAGUAAUGAUAUCUUAAGUAAUAUUUCACGUUCUUAUAUUUUGAGUGUGAAUCAACUAAUUAGACAACAUUCUUCACAAACUGCUACAAUAUUUAUAUAUUUACCUGCACCCCCAGUAUCAAAUACAUGGGAUGAAAAUACUAUAUAUCAUCAAUAUCUACAAUUAUUAACAGAAUUAUCAGCAGACUUACCACCUAUAGUAUUAGUGCAUGGUGUCAGUGCAGUUACAUCAACAACACUAUAAUGAAAUGUAAAUACUUGAGAAUGGAAAUUCUUGUUACAUAAUUUUUAUAAGAGAAAGUAUUAUUUAACGAGUAAUUUUAGAGAUUUUAAAUUAUAAUUUUUAUAUCUCCUAUAUUUUUGGAGAAAUGACAAUUGAAAUUUAAAAAAAACAAGUACCAAAAAUAUUUUAUUUAAUAUAUUAUAAAGUAAUUAUGAUUGAGAAAUAGUAAUGCUUUCUUAUUACAAUAAGAAAAUCUUGUAACAAAUAUCGGUUAUUGCUGUGAUAACGAAUUUAUUCUAUAAAAAAGUUUUCAAAUAUAAAUAUUUUUUAAAUAUUAUUAUAUAUACAUUUCAAUUAAUAAAUUGUUAAACUGGUAUUAUCAUAUUUAGAUAUAGAACUAUUUCUAUAUUAAUUUUUUAUAUCACAUUUGAUCAUUAAAUUAAUUUGAUAUUAAAAAAAAUAUAAAU